AUGUGUGUCCGAAUGAUAGCUCCGGAAGAAGUUUCUAUAAGUUCAACUGCUGCUAAUCUUCCUACAGAUGAAACAGAAGUACCCACGGAUGAUAUGGCCACUACACCUAUGGCUACUACGCCUAUGGAUGAUACACCUAUGGCUACUACGCCUAUGGAUAAUACACCUAUGGAUACCACACCUAUGGCUACCGCUGGACCUGUAACAGCACAAAGUACUACAGCUGCAGCAGAAACCAUGUGCGAUCAAUGCAACAUAGACGAUAUUCCAGUUACUUUUGAUCCGGCUGGCGACGUUGGUGCCGACUACUCUACCACACCAAGAGAUCCAGUUGAUGGCUGUUUACGGACAGAGGUAGGUUGUAUCCGAUCAGACGGCAAGCAAUGCGAUACAACAGAAAUGUUUGUGGUCAAUCCAACUGGGGACCAUUCAAUCGCAGAUGGUGGGAGUGAGGCUUACGCUAUACUUGCUUGUGCAAACGACGGAUUAUAUAAAUGGAUGGAUAUGUGA